AUUUGAAAUUUGUGAAUAUGGAUCAGCAGGAGAAACAGCUGCAAGAUCAGAUGGUGGUGGAGGGGAAUAAUAAUGGAGGAUCGUCAAAAGGGGGAUUGGUUUGUGGGAGGCAAAGCAGCAGCCGGUGGACACCCACAAGCGACCAAAUAAGGAUUCUGAAGGAGCUUUAUUACAACAAUGGAGUUAGGUCCCCGAGUGCGGAUCAGAUUCAGAGGAUCUCUGCUAGGCUUAGACAGUACGGCAAAAUUGAAGGCAAGAACGUCUUUUAUUGGUUUCAGAACCACAAGGCUCGCGAAAGACAGAAGAAAAGAUUCACUUCUUCUUCUUCUUCUUCCAAUUCCAAUUCCAAUUCCAAUUCUGAUCAUCAUCACCAUCUCAUCACCAUUCCUCCACUCCCUAAACAAUCAUCCAAUAUUAUGUCUCCUCCUCCUCUUCCUCCAGCUCCCUCUUCUUCGGUUAUGCUUGCGGUCGGCCAUAUGGGCCACUACGGAUCAUAUGCCUCUGCCACUGUGGAGAACAGUUUCAGAGAUUGUUCGAUAUCGUCGGGAGGAAGCAGUGGGUUGAUGGGGUCUCGAAUGGGGUGGAUGAGCGUGGAUCCUUAUUCUGCACAGGCGGCGAGUGGGUUCUUUGAGAAGACGAAAUCGGUGGAGGAAUCCAUGGAAGACGGCGGCGGCCAAGAGAUCGAAACGCUCCCCCUUUUUCCCAUCCACGGCGACCGGAAUCUUGGCGCCUUCUGCAGCAUGAAGCCGGAAUAUUCCGACGGCUACUACGCCACCGCUUGGUACGGCCGCCCCGACGACGCCGCCGCCGCUUCCCGGGCUUCGCUCGAGCUCAGCCUCAACUCUUACGCCGCCAUCUCACCGGAUGAUGCAAUCUGA